CGAGCGGCGGGGCGGAGCACUGGAGUUGGCGGAGGGUCUGGGUUCUAGGAGGGCAGCACUUUCUGAAGAGGAGGGGCUCAGCUUCAGCACCGGCCCCCGCAAGAACGGAUGGUUUCUGAGAAAAUGGAAACGCACGGGCAAGAUAUGUUACCUUACGGAGAGGGGGUCAAGCCCAGCAAGACGCAAGGAAAGGACCCCUCCCCCUCACAACAGAAGAAGAAAACCAAGAAGAAGAAGAAAAAGAAGGGCGCCGAGGAAGACGCAGAAAAGCCACCUAGCAAAAGCAAAAAGCAGCCCGUGUUCCGGUCCUCCCCCGAACUACACAGCAACACGACAAGGGAAGAUGCCUCAGAAGAAACCGCGAGCAGGACAACCAAUCAGCUCUUUUCUGCGGCAUCCAACGUUUUGCUGUUGACCGAAGGCAACUCCGGUCAGUCUAACGAGAGCCUUCGAUGGAACGGGAUUCUGGACGACCCAGCUGCAGAAGAGGAGAGGCUGCGGCACUACAGGGUGGACCGAAGGAAACGCUACGUCGCCUACAUCCAGCAAAGCCUGCCUCCGGAGCUGUCCCUCACACUCCGGCAUCUGCCGCAGCUGUGUAAAGUUGCACAUCUGAGUGGAAACCACUUUCUUCGCAAGGCAGAACUCACCACUACUUCCCAGAAUUCCAAGACGUAACCAAAGCGCCGAAAAAGGCGGGCUGCACCCGUUCUAGUCAUUCCCCAGGAAAUUGUGUAAAUCUCUCAAACCUCUUUCAUCCUUGUUUCUUCUGUCCCUUUUUUUUAAAGCGAAGGCAACAGUGUAACGCCCAUUUAAUUGUCUCUUCAAACUUAACAGAAUUUUAAUUUUAAAAAAAUCAAAUAUCCAAACCUACAUAUUAUUAUUUUUAAAAUUUGAAAAACCUUACAUGGAUGGUUAGAAAAUAAACAGCAUGAGAAUAUUCACCCGACCUUUCCCUUCCAUAAUUUAUAUAUAUAAAAACCCCCACACGCACUCAGGAGUCUUCAGUAUUAUGAGAAUUUGUGUCAGGCUGAAUGCAAUUUAAACAGAUAUGGCUAUGAUCAACAUUAAAGUGACUAA